CAGAGGCGCCCUCCGUGUCCCCAGAAAGGCGGAGGGCGGGCGAGCGGGGACCGCGAGCCCCGGGAGGAUCCCGCCUGUUUGUCUGCCAGUUAGAAAUCGGCCUUAGACAAGAUGGAAGGGGAGAGGCGGCCGGCGCCCUACGAGGGCCUGUUUGCCGACGGGCACCUGAUCCUGUGGACGCUGUGCUCGGUGCUGCUGCCGGUGUUCAUCACCUUCUGGUGCAGCCUCCAGCGGUCCCGCCGCCAGCUGCACCGCAGGGACAUCUUCCGCAAGAGCAAGCACGGGUGGCGCGACACGGACCUGUUCAGCCAGCCCACCUACUGCUGCGUGUGCACGCAGCACAUUCUGCUGGGCGCUUUCUGCGACUGCUGCGGGCUGCGCGUGGACGAGGGCUGCCUCAAGAAGGCCGACAAGCGCUUCCCGUGCAAGGAGAUCAUGCUCAAGAGCGACGGCAGGGCCCUGGACGCCAUGCCCCACCACUGGAUCCGGGGCAACGUGCCCCUGUGCAGCUCCUGCGUCGUUUGCAAGCAGCAGUGCGGCAGCCAGCCCAAGCUCUGCGAUUACAGAUGCAUUUGGUGUCAGAAAACAGUACAUGACGAGUGCAUGAAAAACAGCUUAAGGAAUGAAAAGUGUGAUUUUGGAGAAUUCAAAAAUCUCAUCAUUCCACCAAGUUACCUGACCUCUAUUAAUCAGAUGCGGAAGGACAAAAAAACAGAUUAUGCGGUGCUGGCCUCUAAGCUUGGAAAGCAGUGGAGCCCAUUAAUAAUCCUGGCCAACUCUCGUAGCGGAACGAACAUGGGAGAAGGGCUGCUGGGAGAAUUUAGGAUCCUCCUAAACCCAGUCCAGGUUUUUGAUGUAACUAAAACCCCCCCUGUCAAAGCCCUGCAACUUUGCACUCUCCUUCCCUGUCACUCGGCCCGGGUGCUUGUUUGUGGAGGGGACGGCACUGUGGGCUGGGUCCUGGACGCAGUCGAUGAAAUGAAGAUUAAGGGACAAGAAAAGUACAUUCCACAAGUCGCAGUCCUGCCUCUGGGAACAGGCAAUGAUCUGUCCAAUACCUUGGGCUGGGGCACUGGGUACGCGGGAGAGAUCCCAGUUGCUCAGGUCUUAAGAAAUGUGAUGGAAGCAGAUGGAAUCAAGCUAGAUAGAUGGAAAGUUCAAGUAACAAAUAAAGGCUACUACAACUUAAGGAAACCCAAGGAAUUCACAAUGAACAACUAUUUUUCUAUUGGACCUGAUGCUCUCAUGGCUCUCAAUUUUCAUGCUCAUCGCGAGAAGGCACCAUCUCUGUUUUCUAGCAGAAUUCUUAAUAAGGCUGUUUACUUGUUCUAUGGAACUAAAGACUGUUUGGUGCAAGAAUGUAAAGAUUUGAAUAAAAAAGUUGAGCUAGAACUGGAUGGUGAGCGAGUAGAACUGCCCAGUUUGGAAGGUAUUAUAGUUCUGAACAUCGGAUACUGGGGCGGCGGCUGCAGACUGUGGGAAGGGAUGGGAGAUGAGACGUACCCUCUAGCCAGGCAUGACGACGGCUUGCUGGAGGUCGUUGGAGUGUAUGGGUCUUUCCACUGCGCUCAGAUUCAGGUGAAACUGGCAAACCCUUUCCGAAUAGGACAAGCACACACAGUGCGGUUGAUUUUGAAGUGCUCGAUGAUGCCAAUGCAGGUAGAUGGAGAGCCCUGGGCCCAGGGCCCCUGCACGGUCACCAUAACUCACAAGACGCACGCACUGAUGUUGUAUUUCUCUGGAGAACAGACGGAUGACGACAUCUCCAGUACUUCAGAUCAAGAGGACAUAAAGGAAACCGAGUAGUCGGAUGAGGAAGUGAAAGUUUAGAGUAGAAUCCUUCCAAACAGGUAGAUACGUAUUCAUCCGGAAGUAGAAUCCUCUAUCAGCUGUUUGGUCUUAAUUUCACCAGUAGUCGAGUGGGUAUACAUUUAUGUAAAUAGCAUUCCAAAAACAGCCGAAUUUCCAGUUGUUUACAUACGCCUGUUCUCUCUUCAGCAAAACAGUCCCGUCGUAUAGUACUAACUUUAAAACGUCACAGAACGUUAGUGACCUGCAGGUGAGAUGUCUGUCACGGCUUUAUGUGUGAGGGCGGGACUCGCUCCCGGGUCCACGCUCUCCUUCCUUAUCCUUAAGCGCACAUUUGAUGGACACAUUACACGUCCAGCAAGAUGUAGGUGGAAAAAUCAUUGCCGUCUUAAUUUUUAAUGUGGUGACGCCGCCAUAACGUUUUAGAAAUUGACUUGCUUGUUUGAACGGAGUUGACUAGCGUCAGGCCAGCAGGGGUGGUGCAGGGCCGUCCGCCGUGGCGGGCCUCAGAGAACCUCUGCAGCCCCGUGCUGCGUGGACCCCUGCAGAUCCGUUUCCAGGAAACCUGAAACAGAGAAGUGUUAAAGGAAGACAAUACUUAAAUUUUUUAUGUAACUUUUAUCUUAGGAGCAAAUUGAGACCCCCAGAUGUUGCUUGGUUAACUCUGUUAAUGACCACAUAGCAGCUCAUUUAUGACCCGUGGAGCCAGAAGACACCCACACAGUUGAAUUGAUAAAGAUUAACAUUCAGAGCACUUCGUUUCCAGGCUGAACUGUUAGCCAGUUUUUCCUGAGUAAGAGACAAUAUCAACAAUUGAAAAACGUACUACAGAAAAUGUAUUUGCCCGUUAGUUGCUUAAGAAAAGUUCGAUAAUGAUUACUAACUCCUGAAAGCUCAGUGGUCUUGUAGUAUUUGAA